AUCUUUGGCAGAAAUGAGGUGUUGGUAUUGGUCAGAAUUCACAUACAAAAGCAUCACUUUCCCUUUCCAUUUCCCCCUUUCGCUUCAACCCACCUGUCGGCUGUCUCUGAGUCUCACUCUCUCAUCCCAAAAUGACCAAUUCCACGACUCCACGAAGAAUCCCUAGCUUCUCCGGACCAGACGACACCGUUUGGGACUGCGUCAUCCCCUACGCGCUCCACCGCCACGCGCUCUCCCUCGUCUGCAAGCGCUGGUACCAGAUCGACGCCAUCACCCGCAAGCACGUCACCAUCGCCCUCUGCUACACCGCCACUCCCGCCCAGCUCUCCCGCCGCUUCCCUCACCUCGAAUCCCUCAAAAUCAAGGGCAAGCCCCGCGCCGCCAUGUUCAACCUCAUCGGCGAGGACUGGGGCGGCUACGCUGCCCCCUGGGUCCACGAGGUCGCCAGAUCUUUCUCCACCAUGAAGGCGCUUCACUUCCGCCGCAUGAUUGUCUCCGAUUCCGAUCUCAAACUGCUCGCCUCCUCACCCGCCGCCGCUGGCCUCGAGGUUUUGAAGCUCGAUAGGUGCUCCGGUUUCAGUACCGACGGCCUCUUACACAUUGCCCGCGCCUGCAGGAAUCUGAGAACUUUAUACAUGGAAGAGAGCAUGAUAACUGAGCUUGAUGGGGAGUGGCUGCAUCAGCUUGCUUCAAACAAUACUGUUCUUGAAAACCUAAACUUUUUCAUGACUGAUCUCAAGAGAGUUAGAUCUGAAGACAUUGACUUGCUAGCGAGGAAAUGCCCAUCUUUGACCUCUGUGAAAAUCAGUGAUUGUGAUAUUUCGAAGCUAGUUGAGUUUUUCAGAAAUGCUCGUUCACUGGAAGACUUUGCUGGCGGCUCUGUAACUGAGCCUCCAGCUCAGAAUGGUGAAGUUGAUUCUUCGGAGCAAUUGGAAAGGUAUAGUUCAAUUUCGUUCCCCCCAAAAUUGUGUCGUUUGGGGCUUACUUAUUUGGGAAGAGCAGAGCUUCCGAUUGUGUAUCCUAUUGCUGCGAAGCUUAAAAAGUUGGAUCUCCUUUAUGCCAUGCUCGACACUGAAGGCCACUGUCAGAUAUUGCAACUAUGUCCAAAUUUGGAAGUUCUUGAGGCAAGAAAUGUUCUUGGAGAUAGGGGCUUGGAAGUUCUUGCUCGACACUGCAAAAACAUGAAAAGGCUUAGAAUAGAGCGGGGAGCUGAUGAGCAAGAUAUGGAAGAUGUUGAAGGUGUGGUCUCACAGAGAGGACUAAUCGCUUUGGCUCAAGGAUGCCUUGAACUGGAAUACUUAGCGGUAUAUGUGUCCGAUAUUACAAAUGCAGCAUUGGAAUGCCUGGGUACACACUCAAAAAAUCUAUGUGACUUCCGGCUGGUCUUACUCGAGAGAGAAGAACACAUAACGGAUUUACCUCUUGACGAUGGAGUUCGAUCUCUAUUAAUAGGUUGCGACAAACUCAUAAGGUUUGCUUUGUAUCUCCGCAAAGGGGGAUUGACAGAUGUAGGCCUCAGUUAUAUAGGGCAGUAUAGUCCUAAAGUGACAUGGAUGCUUCUCGGUUAUGUUGGGGAGUCUGAUGAAGGUCUUUUGGAGUUCUCUAAAGGUUGCCCAAGCCUCCAAAAGCUUGAGAUGAGAGGCUGUUGUUUCAGUGAACGCGCACUAGCUACAGCUGCUCUUCAGUUGUCUGCUCUUAGAUACUUAUGGGUGCAAGGGUACAAUGCAUCUAGUGAUGGUCGAGAUCUCUUAGCAAUGGCAAGGCCAUACUGGAAUAUCGAGUUGAUACCAGCCACACGACACAUUGUUCACGAUGCAGAGAGACAACGGCUAGUAAUUGUCGAGGACCCUGCUCAUAUUCUUGCUUAUUAUUCCCUUGCAGGUCAGAGAACUGACUUCCCGAGUACUGUCACUCCUCUCGACCCUAGAGCUUCCCGCGAUCCGUAGAUCUGUCACACAAUGAGGCAAUCGCACUAGCCUCUGCUCUUCCUAAUCUUUAUUAGCUCAUCAAAUACAUACUUUAAAAGUGUUAUAUAGUUAGGAGUUGAUGAUUACUUUCCACGUUUCAUUUUGUUGUGAUAAAUUUGGUUUUGAUUUAUGAUCACAUGCAGAAUUCUGGUCGA